UCCCUGUAAAGCCUAUUGUACAUCGGACAAUGCAGUUAGAUUAACAAGAAUUUAACCUAUAUCACACCUAUCUACCUAAAUGUUUAAUAUACAUCAUUUUUAUGAUUAUUUAUUUGAAUUGCGCACCCUCCAAUUUCACCGGAUGUUGUCGACUUGCCGUAAGAAGUUUUAAGAACAAAUUCUUAUUUACAUUGACAUGGCCUAGGAACAGUGCGUUAACUGUCUUGUUCAGAACAAUAGAUCUUUACCUUGUCAGCUCAGGGAUUUGAUCUAGAAACUUUUUAGUUACUGGCCCAAUACUCUAACAACUAGGCUACCUGCCAAUCCUAGAUCAUAAUGAAUCAGAUUACAUGGACAGGGGAUACCUGAUCCUAGAUUAGCACUCCUCAUCUGAGACACUGCCUAUAUGAAUAAGGAAUGCUGUUGUAAAGUCUAGUUACAGCAGAUGUUUACUGCCAUCUAGUGGAAGAUACUAAUAAAACACUUUAUUAUCAGGGUGGGGAGACGGCUGAGUGCAGGAUCCAUGGUGAGAUGACAGAGCAGAAAACACUAUAUUAUCAGGGUGGGGAGACGGCUGAGUGCAGGAUCCAUGGUGAGAUGACAGAGCAGAAUACACUAUAUGGAGAGAAGUACAAAUAAAGUAUUUGUGAACAAUAAAGGACAGAGUUAGAGAAAUAAAUACCUGGAAUGACAUAUCAUUACUAGUUAGUAGAUCUCACAGGGUUCUGUUGUCAUUAUUUUACCGUACACCAGUGACGUCAGGAGGGACGUGAUUUCCUCAUAUGAAAGUGAAAGUAAGGUUGUGGUCUACGCCUAUAUAAACCAGCUGUUGAAACCGUAGCGCACAUUUCUCUGGUUACUGUUAUAUAAAGUGAAAGUAAGGUUGUGGUCUACGCCUAUAUAAACCAGCUGUUGAAACCGUAGCGCACAUUUCUCUGGUUACUGUUAUAUAAAGUGAAAGUAAGGUUGUGGUCUACGCCUAUAUAAACCAGCUGUUGAAACCGUAGCGCACAUUUCUCUGGUUACUGUUAUAUAAAGUGAAAGUAAGGUUGUGGUCUACGCCUUUAUAAACCAGCUGUUGAAACUGUAGCGCACAUUUCUCUGCAACAUUAGAAGCAGGAUAAAUGUGUUGAUUUGAAGGACAGACGGACAGACUGGUAAGUCUUGGCUACAUAUAACUAUUAUAAAGUUAGGUCGUAGUCAGACAUUCAAUAGACAGAGUAACCCUGAGAUAUGAUUCUUUAUCAUGCUCAACAACCUGGGCCCGGUUUCCACGAUGGAAUUUAGGCGUAACGUUGGGAACGCAUGAUAAGUGAGCAAACGAUAAUUAACAGAAUACAAAUUGGAGUUGAGCUAUUUUACAAAUAAAAUGGUGCGUAAGCUCGUUUACAUGGGUUUACCCUCCACUACAUCCCCGUUGAUGCGGUGUGCAGCGUAGAGUGCAUAGUCAUUUAUUUUUAUUUCACUUGUAUUUAACUCGGCAAGUCAGAACAAAUUCUUAUUAACAUUGACGACCUACCCCGGCCAAACCUUGACGACGCUGGGCCAAUUGUGCUCCACCCUAUGGGACUCCCAAUCAUGCAGCCUGGAUUCUAACCAGGUCCCGCAGUGACGCAGGAGGCGGGACUCUGCACCACUCGGGAGGCGGGACUCUGCACCACUCGGGAGGCGGCUGAGCUGAAACAGAAAGUCAAGUUGUUGUUUUGUACAGGAUCCAUGGUGAGACAACAGAGCAGAAAACACUACAUGGAGAUGACUGACAAAUAGGGGUCAGUGCUCUAAAAUGAGUCUCUCUGGGGAGAGAGAGGAGGGGGGCCCUGCCUCUAAAAUGAGUCUCUCUGGGGAGAGAGAGGAGGGGGGCCCUGCCUCUAAAAUUCAUCUCUCUGAGGGACAUGACACCAAAGCUAAGAGCCCAAUCAAGCAGGAGAGACCAGCCUCCCCUGUUCCCAGCUGUGUGUCCAUGAAGAGUGACUGGUCUAUGGAUCCUCCUAUAAUGUUUAGAGAGGGAGACUUUUCUACUGAACAAAGACCAAUCAAGCAGGAGAGACCAGCCUCCCCUGUUCCCAGCUGUGUGUCCAUGAAGAGUGACUGGUCUAUGGAUCCUCCUAUAAACUUUAGAGAGGGAGACUUUUCUACUGAACAAAGAAAACAACCGGAGAGAUCAGAGUCAGAGAUUCUCAGUGGUCAGUCUUCCCAGAGUCAUCAAACAGACCUGGCCUCCAUAUUCAGUAUGCUUGAAGAUAAAAUUAUGACAUUUGUGAAGAACGAGCUGAAGAUGUUCAAGAGGAUUCUUAGUCCAGAACUCCCAGAAGGCUUUGAGAGUCAGAAACAGGAUAAGGAAGUGGUGGAUGCUGAAGAUGAGCAGCAGGAGAGCAGUGCCAGAGAGGGGGCUCUGAAGAUCACACUGCACAUCCUGAGGAAAAUGAACCAGAAGGAGCUUGCUGACACACUGGAGAAAUGUAAGAUCUGUCUGCCUCAUGUUGAAUGCUGUUUUAUAACAUUUAAAAGCUGUAGCUAAAGUACAGCUAAAGUAGCUGUGUAACUCAAUGAUAUUGUAGCAGCCUUAACACAACACCUAGUGACCUCAUCAAGUAGCAGCAGGGAUGUGUUGUGGUGAUUCAUUUAGAGAGAGAACAUUAAUAAUACCAUCAAUAAUACCAAUAAUAAUAUAAUCAGUCACACCAGUCUGUAAUGCAUUAUGAAAACAUUUACACAUUUAU